GGCAAGAAAUCUCGCUAUACAUGCGCUGAAUGUGGCAAGCAGUAUGCCACCUCAUCCAAUUUAUCUCGUCAUAAGCAAACUCAUCGUAGCUUAGAUGGCCAGUUGGCACGACGAUGUAAGUAUUGUGAUAAAGCUUAUGUUUCUAUGCCGGCUUUAGCUAUGCACGUUUUGACACAUGAGCUUGCCCAUAAAUGCAAUAUAUGUGGUAAAGCGUUUAGCCGUUCAUGGCUGUUACAAGGGCAUAUGAGAAGUCACACUGGUGAAAAGCCAUAUGCGUGUGCUACUUGUAACAAGCGUUUCGCCGAUCGAUCUAAUCUAAGGGCUCAUAUGCAGACUCAUUCUUCCGUAAAAUCCUUCCAGUGUAAAAAUUGUGGUAAAUCCUUCGCUCUUAAGUCAUAUCUAAAUAAACAUGCUGAAUCAGGUUGUUGUAAAAAUCGUGGUCAUCGAAAAGAGAAAGGUGAUUUACAUGAGCUUAGCAACAGUAGUGAAUAA